AUGUACAUUCUGCAACUCAUUUAUGCAACUUUAGAAUGCACUAGAGCUCCCCUUUUGAAUCUCAUACUGCUUUUAAUCAGCUUAGUUAUUAGUCUAUUCUAAAUAGUACUCUUAACAAAAUAUAGUAACUUAAACAUUUAUGCUCAAUUCGCUAUCAAUAUCUUGAGUGUUUUUGCCAAACAAAACGAUUAGUUCAUGGUGCUGUAGUCACUUGUCGGAUUCAUACUUUUUAUGGAAAAUGACUAAAAAAGAUGGCAUCUUAAUAUUCUUGCUUGCUCAAGUAGUAUUGGAAAUUAUCAUAGUCCAUGUAACCCUAAUCUGUAUAUAUUCAUAAAAUAAUGA